AACGAAUCACUCUUUGAGAGUCUGGUCUAGUCUGAACUUGUCCCAAGAUGAAGGAAUAAACAUCGACAAACAGGAAGAAACGAGAGUCGGUUUGUUUGCAGUUUAGACUUAAAGGACCGAACACACUCAACGGAGCUAAUGGCAGGAGGCAACUUACAGAAAGCUAUCGAUCUGGCCAACAAAGCUGCACAGGAGGACAAAGCCAAGAACUACGAGGAAGCCCUCAGAUGUUACCAGAAUGCAAUCCAGUACUUCCUCCAUGUUGUCAAGUAUGAGGCUCAGAGUGAACGCGCGAAGGAGCGCAUCAGGGAAAAGUGUCUAGAUUACCUGGACCGAGCCGAGCAGCUGAAGAUACACCUGAAGAAGCUGGAGAAGAAUCCUCCGGCUAAACCAGUCAAAGAGAACCAGUCUGAUGACAAAGGGAUUGAAAGUGAUGACGGGGACAACCAAGAGAAAAACAAGUUUCAAAAUCAACUCUCAGGUGCCAUCGUCAUGGAAAAGCCAAACAUUAAGUGGGAUGAUGUAGCUGGACUGGAAGGAGCCAAAGAAGCCUUGACGAAAGCCAUCAUUCUGCCCAUCAAAUUCCCUCAUCGGUUCACAGGAAAGCGAACUCCUUGGCGGGGCAUCCUUCUCUUUGGCCCUCCAGGAACAGGAAAAACCUACCUGGCCAAGGCGGUGGCUACAGAGGCCAACAACUCCACCUUCUUCUCCAUCUCCUCCUCCGACCUCGUGUCCAAGUGGUUGGGGGAAAGUGAAAAGUUGGUGAAGAACCUGUUCUCUUUGGCUCGAGAGCACAAACCAUCCAUUAUUUUCAUUGAUGACAUCGACUCCCUCUGCGGCUCCAGGAGCGAGAACGAGAGCGAGGCCGCGCGCAGAAUCAAGACAGAGUUCCUCGUUCAGAUGCAGGGUGUUGGAAACGAUAAUGAGGGAGUCCUGGUUCUGGGAGCCACAAAUAUACCGUGGACAUUGGACUCUGCUAUAAGGAGAAGAUUUGAAAAGCGAAUCUACAUCCCUCUGCCUGAAGAGCAUGCUCGCUCCUUCAUGUUUAAACUACAUCUGGGAUCCACACCCAACAACCUGACAGAAGCAGACUUCAACACUCUGGGCCAGAAGACGGAAGGGUACUCUGGGGCUGACAUCAGUGUUAUCGUCAGGGACGCCCUCAUGCAACCUGUCAGGAAGGUCCAGUCCGCCACUCACUUCAAAAAGGUCCAGGGCUCAUCAUGGAACAGCCCGGAUGUUGUGGAGCAAGACCUACUGACUCCGUGCUCGCCGGGAGAUCCCAACGCCAUAGAGAUUAUGUGGAUGGACGUCCCUGGAGAAAAGCUUUCGAUGGCAGUCGUGUGCAUGGCGGACAUGCUGAGGUCACUCACUACCAUCAAGCCGACAGUGAGCGAGCAGGACCUGGAUAAGAUGAAGAAGUUUACGGAAGAUUUUGGUCAAGAAGGCUGUGUAAGAUAUGACAAAAAUAAUGCUUCAACAGCAUAUUAUUGUUUUUGUUUGUGACAAAUAACAUGAUUCAAUAAUGAAAUCUAAUCAAUAAAUCAAGUUUCAGCACUUUUUAUUACUCAAAUAUCAAUUGUUUACAUCUUCGCAUCUAAGGUUUUGUGUUUCUAUUACUUAUUUUAUUUUUGAAUUUCUAAAAUGUAAGAGAUAAUCUCUUUAUUUUUUUAAAGAAAACUUUCUGUCUUUAAUUAUAUAUAUGAAGUCGAUGGCUGUGCAACAGAGACUCUGGGAAAAUGCACAUUUCCAACACUACAUACCUCUCACCACUGUCUAAGGAGGAUUGUGCUCGACAGAAAUAGUUUCGGGGUUGGUUUUUUGUGAAUAGGAACUUCUCCUAUAACAUUUAGAAAGUUUUCUCUUUAAAAUAUGUGGGUUACCCUUCACUGGUUAUCCUAUCUCAGACAUGCAAGUUUAAAGGUUCAGUGUGUAAGAUUGAGGUGAAAGGGAUCUUUAAGCAGAAAUUGAAUAUAAAUAGUUGUAGUGAUGUUUUCACUAGUGUGUUUAAUCUAAAUUGUACAACAUGUGGUUUUAUUUACCCUACAACGCACACUCUAUAUUUAAACACUUUAUAUUUACAUCUGGAACGGUUCCUCUCUAUGGAGGCUGCAAUGUAUUUUACAGUAGGCCAGACCGGAGAAACUAAACACCUUUUGAGUUUUUAUGACAACUGAAGGUUACAACACUCUGGGAUGUUUGGAAGGAGAGGGUGAGGUGAGGGGUAUUCAGCUGCAACAUGCAAUGUCACCAACAGAUGUCACUAGAUUCUACACACUGAACCUUUAGGGGGUGUAAUUAUACACAUCACGUAAAAACAGCAUCAAUGAAAAAUGUACGUUCUCUGUAAAAAAUAAUAAAGGGUGUUUUCUGUAAAAAACAAUAAA